UUCAGACUCCCUCUGCCCGAUCCUGUCCUAUCGGUUUUUUAACGAAUCGUAAUGAAGAUGCGUCCCGGUUUGUGGGAGUUCAAGGAGAGAGAAACCGGUGCCUUCCUCAGAACAGACUCAACGGGGAAAAUUGUUAAGUUUCACAGGUGCAGCGUCCUGCUCAGCAUCCGCUCGAGCCUGUGGAUCGACAUCCAUAUCCGGUGGUGACGCAACGAAAUCCUCUCUCCAGCAGCAGCAGCAAACAGCACGUAAAACUAAAACCUGCCGAUCUCGGCAAUAGUUCAAGUAGCCAUUACAGUAACUACUACCCGAGCCAUCAUAAUCCUGCUCCUGCUCCAGCUCCUAGAACGGCUGCCAAGAGUCUCGAUUACCAGAAGCAGCUGCUGAACAACCUCCAACAUUCGACCACAGCCAGCAGCGGCAAUCCAGUUGGCAUUCUGAAAAAUAACACCAAGCGACGUCCACUGAUUUACGAGCUGAAACAGUAUGAGUAUUUCAACAACGACGCCUAUUCCAGAGCGCAACCUCCUUCCUCGCAGCAUCCGCAGCAGCAACAUUUGCCUAUAGCUAAGAACACCAACAGUGUGCUCCAGCAGCACUACGCUGGCCAUAACUACAAUAUCAAUUAUAAUCUAAAUUUUACGAAAAAUCAAUACAACAUUCUGAUAUCGCCACCAACGACGGCGUCCGGAGCCUCCAGGGGCACAGGAGCAGCGCCACCAUACGACGAGAACAAUCAUUACGAAAGCCAUUAUCAGUAUCAGCAGCAUCAGAACAACGUUAGGAACAACUAUAAGAAUAGCAACGCCACCAAUCAUCAUCUGUACAGCAACAACAACUACAAUCAAUACUUUGCCAACAACCAUCAUCAGAAUCAGCAACAGCAGCAUCAGCAUCAGCACCAAAGGCAACAUCAAGGCAAGUCCUCCUCGGCCGGGACCGGGGUCUAUCUGGACGAGAAGCCACCGCUGCUGCUAGUUGGGGACGACCCGUUUGCAGCGGAUUCGGGCAACCACAUUGGCAAGAUGCAACGCGAGGAGAUAAUCAUCGAACACAGUCAGCUGGUUGGAGACGGAAGUGGACCAGGCGCUGUCAUACUGCCCGCAUGCGGUGGCCAGUCGGCGGCCAGGGCGGGCCCAGGUGGACAGCAGCCACUACUGAAUGGGGGAGGCGGAGGCACCGGCAAGGGUGGCAAGCUAAGUGUCAUCAACCGGUCGCACCAUUUUACGCAGAUAAUUGCAGCUCUAGCCGUAUCAAUCGGACCGCUGGCAGCGGGUCUUGGUAAGGGUUACUCGAGCCCGGCCAUUGCCAGCUUGCAGGAGCUGCAGAUUCGCCAGCGGGGUAACUAUACCGCUUUUUCGGUCAACGAUCAACAGGCAAGCUGGAUCGCCAGUCUAUCACUUUUGGGUGCCCUGUUCGGGGGAAUGUUCGGCGGCGUGGCCAUGCAGUACGGCCGGAAACGAGUGCUGGCACUGAUGUCGUUGCCAUUUUCGCUCUCCUGGAUUCUGACCGUGUUCGCCAAAUCGGUCGAAACGAUGUUCUUCACCGCUUUCGUCGGCGGCUUCUGCUGUGCCAUCGUGUCAACCGUGACCCAGGUCUACAUCAGCGAAAUUUCCUCCCCGGACAUCCGGGGCUUCCUGAGUGCGAUCCAGAAAAUUGCCGGCCACAUGGGGAUGCUCAUCUCCUACCUGCUGGGAGCGUACCUGGACUGGCGGCAGCUGGCGAUGCUCGUCUCGGUGGCGCCCAUUAUGCUCUUCAUAUCUGUGAUCUAUAUACCGGAAACGCCGAGCUUCUUAGUGCUUAGGGGUUGCGACGAUGAAGCCCAUCGUUCCCUCCAAUGGCUUCGGGGUCCACAUAAAAACGUAGAGAUAGAACUCGACACAAUCCGAUCGAACGUACGUACAUCGAGAAUCAACCUGCUGAAUCGAAUGACAUCCCGGGGCAGCAACGGUGCCAAUCAACAGCAAUUGCCAACGCAUUGCCAGCAUCCGACCGGCAGCACCCAGAGUCGACUUGGAACGGUGAGCCGGCUGCCGGAAAUCGUCCGCAACUGGCAGCUACCGCGGGUCUCCUUCGACGCCAUCGCCGGAAAUGUGAAGGCCGUCAUGCGAAAUGCCCGACUUGUCAAGCCCGUAUCGAUCACCUGUGGCCUUAUGAUCUUCCAGCGAUUCACCGGUGCCAACUCGUUCAACUUCUACGCGGUGACCAUCUUCAGCAAAACGUUUGCCGGAAUGAAUCCCCAUGGUGCAGCCAUUGCCGUCGGGUUUGUGCAGCUGCUUGCAUCCAUGUUGUCCGGAUUGCUGAUCGAUACGGUUGGUCGAAUACCUUUGCUGAUUGUGAGUUCGGUGUUUAUGUCACUCGCGUUGGCUAGCUUUGGAUCGUUCGUGUACUACGGACAGACCAAUAAAAUGUUGGCAAACAUUGAACCGGAUGUUCCGGCUGGAAGUAACGACUGGAUUCCGCUGUUGUGUGUGCUGGUGUUUACUGUUGCCUUUUCGUUGGGCAUUUCACCCAUUUCGUGGCUUCUGGUGGGCGAACUGUUCCCGCUUGAGUAUCGAGGCAUCGGAAGUUCGAUUGCUACCAGCUUCAGCUACUUUUGUGCUUUCCUCGGCGUUAAAACCUUUAUGGACUUUCAGGCAAUGUUUGGCCUUCACGGGACAUUUUGGCUGUACGCGUGCAUAUCCUGCGUUGGGUUAUUUUUCGUCAUCAUGGUCGUCCCGGAGACCAAGGGCCGGGACCUGGAGGAGAUGGAUCCGAAGUAUGUGCGUACCCUGACGAUCAAUCGAUGAGACAUGGGAACGCACGUAGAAUAUCUAGUAUAGUAUUUACUGGGCCCUUGCGCUUUCACCUUCGAUGCGAUAGCGUUCACUAGGACUAAUACUGAGACUACGUGCAUAGGCAGCUGCCCCGAUAGUACGGAAAUGCUUCUAGGAGAGACUCCAGGUGGCUGCAACAUCCGGGAUGGCUUAACUCGCGUUAGAUUACUAUUUUUAAAGUGGUGCUUAGUGCUGAAUGUUACUUAUUUAAUCCAAGAGUGAGACCAACGACGAGCGACGAAUAAGUACGUUGUGAAUACCAAUAUGUCAAAUGUUCCUAACCUAGGCAAGAUGAUAUGGAUGUUUGAGGGACAGUGAGUGUGAGAGGAUGUCAAAGAAUCGUCGUUUAUCUGCCGCUGCGAUUAUAAUACAAUGUUGCUUAUGAUUUACCAGUUUCAAUUCAACCUUUGCUCUGUAAAUAGGCAGAUAGGCCAUUAACAAACAAACCCUGACCGUACUUAGCUUAUAGCUGUAAGAAUCUCGUUUACUUAACACAACUAACAAAAGAAAAUAGUUCUAGAGCCACACUUAAGAUUCUGCUUAGCCUCUGCCAAACACAUACAAUGAAAGCGCAGCUUGAAUGACUUAAUGCCGGAAAAAACUAAAACUUAUUUCCUCUUGUUUGUUAAUAGUUUUUCAUUGGAAUUCGGCACAGACUUGCGCUAAUACACACACAAAAAUACACACCAACUGCAUACUGUAAAUACGGAACCGUUAAACGCACAAAGGAGUAUUGAUACUACAUUAGGGAAAAAAUGAAAUCCGCUGUUUGUUGGCGCCCUUCGGACAAACAUGAUUCAGAAGUAAGAAGAAAAAUUUAAUUGAAGAUAAUGCUUAGAGAACGACGCAAGGUGAAGGUGAUUCUGUACGGUGGUAGUUGGAAAUAUUUAAAAUUUUUAUGUGUAUUCAUCUAAAAUCAGCUGAAGCCUAUUUGUUUUGUAUUUUUUUCACAAAACAAUCCAUCGGCCUUUAGAAGGCUGAAGGCGAAUUUUGUAGUCCAAAGGGCAUUCGAUCAAAUUCAUAUCUUUUGGAAAAUUUUGUGCACAUAAUUUCUUUUAUCUGUUCUAUAUUAUUUUUAGUAAUGUAUAGAAUUCAAGAUGAGGGAGUUUCUAAUGCUCCCUAAAAAUUGAAUCUAUCAUUCCUUGAAAGAUUUCAGUGUCAUUUUGUAGGCCAAACGGCAUUUGUGUAAAUCCAUAAUUUUCUUGCUACACUUAAAAAAAAUAGAAUCCAUCUUAUUUCAAAACAAAUCAGUCGCCAAAAUUUGAGUCCUAUCACUCUACACCUUGAGAUAAACAUCCUGGAGAAUAUGUAGGACCUUAUUGAAAUCUGGGAUACAUAAAACGUUCAGUGAUGAUGAAAAUAUAAGGCGAAGAAUGUUAUUCGGUAAUGUUUCCUAAAGAGUGAAUUAAUCAACAUUGGAAAUUUGCAGGGACAUUCUCGAACGGCAAUCGUAUAGAUUUCUGCUUCUCUGAGUUUCCUCCAAAAACAUCCUUUUUCAAGAUUUCAUAAUUUUAUAGAUUUUUUCACUCUAAACCAUGUGUUGAACAACCCAAAGAAACUUUGAGAAUAUAACAAUAUCCUCAUGUAUCUUAGUGAUAUUGAGAAUGCAAGAAAAAUUGCUAUUGAAUACUUUACCUAAACUGAGUUUGUAAGGCUUUGUUUGUAAGAUAGCAGGAGUAUUCUUUAAACCAAAUGGCAGAUGCGUUCCUUAUUCUUUUGAUCAACUUAAAACGACUCAAAACGUUACUCGAAUUGUCAAAUCGUAUUUUAGAUUAUAGAAGAUAAUCGAACUAAUCACUCUUUUUCUUGAGACAAGCAACUCAGAUCUGAAGGAUAAAUAUUCUAUAAGUAUGUUGGUUAUCCACCAUGGGUGCACGGAUUCACUACAGUUUCUGCCUAAGUAUGAGCUUACACAAUGUAGUGCGUACAUCACACCUGGACACCAUGGCUUCGUACUUACUAAUAGGGAGUGAAAGUAUUGCGUGUUUAAGAUGCGAGACAGUGAUAUUACUAAUCCUUCCUCUGAACUGAAUUCAUUAGUCUUCAGAAGAUAUCAGGGGUAUUCUCCAAACCAAACGGCAUUCGUAUGAGUUCCUUAUUCUCUGGGUAUGCUUAAAACGGCUUAGAAUCUUUCUCGCAUCGAUAAAUCAAAUGCCAGAUCAUGGAAAAUUUGGAAUUUCAUCACUCUGCUCCUUGAGAGGAGCAACCCGUAGAGUAUGUUCAUAGUCUGAAGAAUGACCAUUAUAUUAUGACCAUCCGAAACCAUGAUAUCCUAAGCAACCAUAAUUCAUAUUUAUUCAAAUAAAAGCUUUGAAAGGUACAUGUUGGCUGAUGAAGAGAAAAGGCUGCUCAACUCCCUUGAGGGAACUAUAUGUACUCAUUAAUGAACUUGAAAGUUGCAAAAGUAAUUUACGACGUAGUGACAACGUAGUAAGGAACUUAAGUCACAAAAAAAAGCACAAAAUUACUCUAAACGUGAUUUACUAAAUCACAAAAAGUACAUGUUAAAUGUUCAUGUGUUCAGUUGGCACCACGAAGGUUGAGGUUCGAUUCCGAAGCCGCGCAAUUUUUUUUUUCAUUACUUGAAUUAACAUUCUGAUGUAUAAUGUUGGGAAGAAGCAAUCGAGCAGCAAAUUGAACAAAGUUUGAGAUACGGCACGCACCAUCAUGGCAAAACCUUGUACUGAAUAUAGUAAAUAUUCAAGAGCAGUUGAUAUAAGCUGAUACCUAGGGUGAAAUUUAAUUGAGAGAGAAUUCUUUGCUCACUUUACGAUUUUUAGAAGCUGAAUCAAAAGGCUGCUUUUGAGCUGCAUAGAACGUACCUCAAGUCAAUGAUGAGACUGCCCAUCAAACAUAAAAUAGCAUUAGAAAUGAUAGCUCAAAUUGUUAACAAUGUUAAUGCGAAUCGCAAUUCCUACCAAAUAAGUAAACGAUCGUAAAAAUAGUUACUUAAAGUCGGUAUAAAUCGGAUAUGAUAAAGGUGGUAGGUAAAUACCCUUUUUUACGAAUUUGAUAUGAAACGUAUAACAAAGUUUCUUGAAAGAUAAACCUACAAAAAUGUUUGCUAGGUAUUUAGUAAGCAUUUUUGUUCCUGUUUUAUGGGACUUAUGGUUGCAAAGUUUCUCCCAAGUGCAUUCUUCCUCAUUCGAACACCAUUUGGCCUGAACAAUGUUACUGGAAUAUUUCAAAGGCUAAUGAAAUAUUGCAGUAACGUUUUUCAGGCCAAAUGGUGUUCGAAUGAGUUUCUCUUCCUUUUGAUAAACUUUACCGAAUUCGGAUUUAUCGUGUGUCAGAUUUCGAAAAAAAUUACUAUGCUCAGAUAAUCUAUUUGAGGCGUCUGAAGGACCAUAGUGAACAACUUGCACCGAUGUUCAGAGACGUUCAAAAUAUUCAGUUUAUUUUCUAAUGUUUCCUCAGAACUGAAUCUAUCAACCUUUAGAUAUUCGUUAGGGCAUUCAUGUAUCUUCGUGUUCCUGUUUUUGUUUAAACAAUCAUCUUUGAAAAUCAUUAGCCUGGUUUCACGAAUUUGUUUAAUUAAUCACACUUCAUCCUUGAAGUCAACUUCAAAUAAUGCUAUUUUGCAAACAUACCAAACUCUCCUGUAAGUCUGUAAAAAAAACUAUUAAACGCCUUUAGAGGCAGCAUUUUGAAGGUUGUAGGGAAAUUUUUGAAGCCAAUCGGCAUUCCUAAUAGUUUCAAACUGCCGUAGAGCUCAUUGAACAAUUCAGACCUCACCUCGCAUCGAGGAAACCGCUUCCCAGAUUUCAUAUUUUUUUUAAAGAAAAUCACUCUACAAUUUGAGAUCAACUACUCAAUCAGUAUGUGUUAUCAAUGUUUUAUCCUCGAUAUAUCUUCCAGUGAAGUUGAAGAUAUAGUAAGAAACAUAUUAUUUUCUAAUGCUUUCUCGGCAUUCAAUCUUCCAGACUUUGGAAAGUUGCUGGCACAUUUAUAAGGCCGAAUGGCAUUUUUUAAAAUGACAAUUUUAUUUGAUAUGAGUCCAUCACUUAUCAAGGAAACUGCUUGCCAGACAAAAAUUUUUUCAAAGCUGCUUAGAAAUUCCGUAGACUCGUAUAUCUUCUAUGUUUCCCUUCAGACAUAUUAAAAAAAAUGAAUACACGCACAGUUUUUGCUAACGCUUUCUCGGGAUUGAAUCCACCUUCCUCUGGAAGGUGUCAGAGUCGUUGUUUAGGCCAAAAGAUCUUCAUAAUUUUUUGAAAUUCAAACGCCCCAAAAGUGAUAAUCUAUUAUGUGUAUUUUUUUUUUAAAUUAACGCUUUCCUCGCGAUUAACCAUUUUAUUUUUGGUAAAAAUAUCAUUAAUUUUAAACCAAUUUCAAACAAAUGAUGUUUACGUUUAAAGAUAUUCAAUCUCAGUUGACAUUUCUUAAACCAUUUGUAUUUUUUUUUAAUUUUAAGAGUUUAAUCGAGUUGCUUUCCUCCAGUUUCCAUUCUUCAUUGAAGUUUUACAAAAAUUAAAAAAAAUAUUAGCAGAAAAAAAAUUAACUACCUUCUUUUAAACAGAAAUGACCACUUGAUGAGCAAUAUGAAUAUUUGCUCCUGAACAACAACGACUACCGUCAACAGAACCUCUUUCCCUUCCCUUAGGCUUCCCGAAUAAGAGAGCUAGAUCGUAAAUGUCCUUUAAAAAAUCAGAACAAAAAAAAACGAACCAGUAAUGACCAGUCCUGUUUAGCAACUAUAGCGAGAUGGAUGUAAAACACAGUUGUAAUAGGAAACUUAAUAAUCGAAUGAAAAUGGGUCCUUUGUAAAAAUCAAAACUGGCGACAAUAAUGGGGUUGCCCUAGCAACCAGCAACUGACCUAUGGAAAGCAUGUUGCGGAUCAAGCAGCAGUAGCAAUGCGAUAAUUUUUUAAACAAACAACAAGUGAUCAAAUCAAAAGGUUACAGCGAGCAGUGUACAGAGAGUAAAACUAGGAAAGAUUCUAAGUGAAAAAUCGUUUAAUAAAUGUUGAGCAAAGAGGAAUAGAUUUUUACACAGCUAUCGUUUAUAUAUAUUGAGAAAAGGAGAACAUUAAUACUGUUAGCUACCUUACAUUAACGAUUUGGGCUAACGUUAGACGAACCAGCGCUUAUGUACAGUUCAAUUAUUUAUUUUUGAAAACAAAAUAUAAAUAAAGGCCACAAUCGAGCGGAUAGCGCUUCAUCUUCUAGGGAAAGCUUAUAAUAUUGAACUAACAAAAAUGAAAAUAAGAAGGAGAAACAAGUUCUAGUGUCAACUCUUUUACAUGCCCAUAUUACAUAUGGUAAGGAGCUAGCAACGUCUUUAAGAUAAUAAACAAAAAACUACUAAUUCAAUUUUAGCGUUACUAGAAAGAGCAUUUUUACUUACAACUUCAAGCAAAUAAUAUAGCGAAGCAAAAAUCUGCGAAAAAUAUUUUAAUGAUUUCCAAAUCUUCAAGUCCCUUUUUAUUGAAACCAAAAUCAUAAAAAAAUCUCGACAUAUCGUAAACAUAAACAACUCUUUGAGUACAAAAUUGAACCCGGAUCAUUUCAACUGUCUUCUGAAGAAAAAAAAAUCUUACCAUAUCCCGUAUUAUCAAUAAAAAAAUCUUUUGAAAAAAAUUAUUUAAAUUUAUCAAAAACUAAGAAAACAACCAGAUUACAGUGCUUUUAGGAUGGUAGAUACUGAAAACCUUGAUACCACACUUGAAAAACAAAAAAAAACAACAGAAAUCGACAAUAAUAGGUGUAUAAACAAAAAAAAACUAGCGAUGAUAUUAAAAUAAGGAUAAAACAAACAAAACACUGUCAUAUCAUGACAAUAAGUAGCGAUAAAUUAAUUUGAAAUUUAAAAAAAGAAACUUAACCGAUAACCGUCAAUUUCGGUGAGUAGAGACUGUACAGUAAAGUAAACGUUACUGAAAAAGAAAACAAUUUGGUAGACACUACAAAACGCAUAAUGUACUUUGAAGAAAAUAAACCAACUUAUAAAUAAAACAGAAGAUAAAAAUACAUCAAAAAGCUGAUGAUAGGGAUUUUUUUACAAUCCAUCGGAAAAAAAUUCAAGAAUCAGAAUCAGAGAUAUCGAAAAAAAAAUCAUUUGAACGCUUUACGAUUGCUACUAGGUAAGACAUAUUUGCGAACUAGGUAUUAUUAACUGAUCUUGAUAAGCUUUGCCUAACUCGAAGCUAAAUAAUCUCACUUAUCAGGAGAGCAACAAAACUAAUCCUAGAGUUAAAAAAAAUUCUAUCCGAAGAAACAGGAAAUACAUAUUUUAGCAAUCAGUUGAACAGAAUUAUCGAAAGAAAGAGAAAAAAAAAUCGAGACUUAAAACUGUUAUUGUUGAUCUUUUAAAAUUUUAUUCUUCUCCCAGCAUUGAACCAUUACAAAACCCCUACUAACUACUCAGAAGACAAAGAGAGAGAAAAAAAAUCCACAAACGCACUCACAUACAGUUUUUAAUACCCCUAUCUUUAGAAGUUAUUCAGUAUUUUGCUCACACUCUAAGCGAAAAUUGGCCGAAGAUAUCAAGAAUGACGACGACAAUAAAUAGGAAACUUUCACCGCAAAGGGAAACAACAAAUACAAAAAAAAAAAAAAACAAACAAACAAUAUAAUCAAAACUCUUUCAAUCGUACUAAAAAUUUUAAUGGAAAUUUUUAAUUUGUUUCUGUAGAUUUGGUUUUCGAAAUGUGUAAAAUCGAAAAACAGAAAUACAAAAAAAACCUACUUAUGAAAACCGUGUACAAGUUCAUGUGCAAAGUUGUUGGUUAGCAAUUUUUGAUUUGAUGCUUUUUAUUUUUAGAGAUAAACAACAGUGUAAUACAAUGUCAUACGUUUUCUUUUAGUA